AUGCAGAGAAAAGUGGAUAAAAAAAAGCGGUUUGUGUGGUCGUUUCAGAUUUUUCGACGGGAUUUUUUGAUUCAAAAAGUGCCUCUCGCGUUUGCCCCAUUUAACCUAAGAAAGAAUUCGCGCGCAAACGACAAACGAGAGAGACGACGGCAACAUCUUGCGAACGCGCGAUCGCGAAAGAAAGAAGAACAAAACGUUAUUUAUAUACCAUCGGACUCGAAUCUUUUUGUUAUGGGAGAUUCGAGUCAACAACAACAGCAGUACGCGCUCGUGGCGCAAAUGCUCGCCGCCCAGCACCGAGACCAAAACGUACAAAACAACAAUUCCGCGCAAAGGAUGAUGGAAAACAACGCGACUGCUCAAAACAACAACGCGAACAAUACCAACACCUUUCACCCGCAGUUUCCGUUCGUGAAUUAUAAUUUGCACGGACAACCCGUCGUCGUGAACCAAAUGAGUCAACAACAACAACAACAACAGUACGCGAACAACGGAAAACCAACGGCAAAUGGUCAAAAAAGCGUCCUCGUCGGUGCCACGAUGGCACCGUCGGAAGGGCAUUUUUUGCCCCAAAAUACAAGCGCGAGCGGAUACACUCUCGGCGGACAACAACAACCUAUUCCAACGCAUCACACGGUGAACGGCCAAACGGUGAAAGUACGCAAACCGUACACGAUCACGAAACAGCGCGAACGGUGGACGGAACGCGAGCACGACCGGUUCGUGGAGGCGUUAAAGUUACACGGGAGAGCGUGGAGGAAAAUCGAGGAGCACAUUGGGACGAAGACGGCGGUGCAGAUUCGAAGCCACGCGCAGAAGUUCUUCGCGAAAUUACAGAAGGAACAUCAGAAGAAUUUAGAGGCGGACCAAUUAUCGGACGUGACGAGAGGUGGUGGGACCACGGAAGAUGGAGCGACGGCGACGAGAGAUACGCAGACGAGUGGGGAAGGUGGGUUGACGCAGACGACGACGGAGAAUAUUAAAGACGCCGAUACGGCGAAGAAGAUUAGCGGAAAUAAUAAUUCCAAGUUGUUGAUUCAAGCGUUGAUGGGGAAGAAGAGUAAGAGCGAAGUGACGGGAAAUACAAAGGAAGAAGACGAGGCGGAGUUGUUGAGUAACUUGGCGGCGAGUGGAGAUAAGCCGGCGACGGUGAAGAGGACGUCGAGCAUGUCCACGGGAGGGAAGACGACGGCUUCGGAUAUUCCGCCGGCGAGACCGAAACGGAAACCGUCGCACCCGUACCCGAGAAAACAAAGUUCAUUGACCGAGAUACAAGUACGAGGGGUGUUACCAGUUGGUUUCGUGAACGUUAAUAAUAAGAAGAAAGGGCAUUCGAUCAACAACUCUUUGAUUGACGUGGCGAACGUUGAGCAGCACGCGUCCGCGUCGGCGGCGCAGGCGCUCAUGAACGCCACGUCUGAAAUGGUUCGCAACAGAAUGAUUCAAGAGAUGCAGAUGCAACAUUUAUUGCAACAACAACAGCAACAACGACAAAAUAAUAAGAAUGGGAAUAACAACGAUACGACGGCGAAUCCGCUUCUCGCGCAUCUCGCGAUGCAACAAGAAGUUCCGAAUCCGUUGUCGCAGCUGCAUGCGCUCAUGGCGGCGAAUCCGAUGUUUACCGCCAUGAACUUUGGCGGAGGUCUUCCGGGUAUGCCGAAUAUGGCUGCUGUUGCCGCAAACAGCAACGGCGGCUCGUUCAUUCCCAGCUUCGCGACUAUGAAUAACAACAACAACAACAAUAACGCAAAGCUGACGACGACGACGACGACGACUGACGCGAAUAAUAAUAAAAGUGGAACCGAAGAAGCUAAACCGACAACAACUACGACGACGGAUAAAACAAAGAACUCUGAAGUUUCCGAAGACGCAAAAGCAUCACUCAAGCCGAAUUCGCAGUCUGCAUUCUCUGGUUACGUGAGACCGACGACGACGACGACGACGACGAAUAGUAAUCAAUAUCGUCAAACCGGAAGCGCGGCAACCACGACGACGACGGCGAAUAAUAUCAAUAACAGUAGUAAUAACAACAACGAUUCCGCCGUAAUGGCUGCGGUGCAACAACAUCAACAGAUGCAGUAUUGGAACGCGCAAAUGGCGGCGUUGGCGGCGAUGCAAGAUCCGAAUAGCUUUGCACAGUUCCUCCAGCACCAGCAAAUGGGUAACAUGGCGAUGGCGCAACAACAACGACAACAACAAAACAACAUCGCGUACGCCGCAGGUGUCAAGUCGGAAGCCGCGGCGGCGACGCAAGAGAAGAACGCUGCUGGUGAGGUGAAGACGGCUAGAAAGGCCCAAGCGGCGACGCAAACGCCAGCGGAGGCUACUGAUGCAGGUAAAACGGCGAAGAUGAUUGCAGCGUCGCGAAAACCGAACGCUCCGCAAGUCCCGAAAGAGAUUGAACUCGCCGUCGCCAAUAAGGAAAAAAGUCCGGACUCAGAUAAGGCCACGGAAGAGGAAGAAAAUAAAAACGCCGACAACAGUAACAAAGAUACCAUCACGAACACGACGACGACGACGACGACGACGACGACUGGAAGACGCUCUCGACGAGCGGCAGCGGUUGUCGCCGCGGAGAAGGUCACGAAGCAAGUCAGCGGUGGGAGAGCUACGCGCCGAAGCAACAACGGAGGCAGCGGGAGCGGAAGUGGGAGCGGUAGUAGGAACCAAAACCAACCCGGAGGCAAUAAGAAUCAAGGCUCGAGCGGUAGUGAUGGUUCUGACGACGUCGCGCAGAAAGGUUUCGAAACCACCUCGUUUCGCGUGUAUCAACAAGAAGAAUAG